AAGGAGUAUCAUUAUCAUUAAGUGCAAGCUUUUCAAUUGGACGGUGAAACCGCUACAUGGACCAGAACCACACGGUACAACCGAAACAUAAACAUUUGCGUACCAAACACCGCUGCUGCAUUCACUUCACCGUGCUGGCUGGCCAUUUUUGACACGGAAGCACGGUCCCGACGGCACAAGCCACCCCGCAUAUAAAAUAAGCUCCCCGAUCGAAUCCCCCCGAACCGCAGACCACCACCAUGGCAGCCUCCAAGCUCGCCGCCGUGUCUCUACUGCUGCUCUCAGCAGCCUCGCUCGCGGCCGUGCUGCUCCUCCGCCCCUCCGGCGCAGACGAUGGCGGCGUCCUCGCCACCGCCCUGCCGUUCAGCCCCGCGGACGUCCUGCCCCUCCUGCCGCGGCGCGUCGCCAUGGCCGCCCUCCUCGCGCUCCGCCGCGCGUCGGACAUCUUCCCGGUGUUCGUGGGCGCGGCGACGGCCGGGCCGGCGCAGGCGGGCGCCGCGCCGGUGGGCUGGAAGGGGGCCUGCUUCUACGAGAACGAGGCGUGGCUGGUCUUCCACAACGACUCCGGCUCCAAGUACGGCGGCGGCACGGUCCACCUCAAGACUACUAAAGCACAUAGCUGGACUUGCAUGGAUCUCUAUGUGUUUGCAACUCCAUACCGUGUUACAUGGGAUUACUACUUUCUAGGCCGUGAGCAUACCCUUGAAAUCAAAGAAUGGGAAAGUAAGGCUGAAUAUGAAUAUGUGAAACAUAAUGGAGUGUCCAUCUUCCUCAUGCCGUCAGGAACAAUCGGGACACUCAGAGCACUCUGGGAUGUUUUCCCUCUUUUCACAAAUACUGGAUGGGGUGAGAAUGCAAACCUUGCAUUUCUCAAAAAGCAUAUGGGCGCGACCUUUGAGGAACGGCCAAAACCGUGGGUUUCAGAAUUAAAUCCUGAUGACAUCCAAUCUGGAGAUUUUUUGGUUUUAUCAAAAAUUCGUGGACGCUGGGGUGGUUUUGAAACCCUUGAGAAGUGGGUUACUGGAGCUUAUGCAGGCCAUACUGCAGUUUGCCUGAGGGACUCUGAAGGGAAGCUGUGGGUCGGGGAAUCUGGUCAUGAAAACGAGGAGGGAGAAGAUAUUAUUGCUGUCUUGCCAUGGGAAGAAUGGUGGGAGUUUGAAACGACAAAGGAUGAUUCGAAUCCUCAGAUUGCAUUGCUUCCAUUACGUCAAGAUUUACGAGAAAAAUUUAACGAGACAGCAGCUUGGAUUUAUGCAAAAAAAAUGAAUGGGAAGCCUUAUGGGUAUCAUAAUAUGAUCUUCAGUUGGAUCGAUACUAUAAGUAACAACUACCCACCACCAUUGGAUGCUCACGUGGUUGCAUCUGUUAUGACUGUGUGGAACAAGCUUCAACCAGAUUAUGCAGCUAGCAUGUGGACAGAAGCCCUUAACAAACGGCUGGGAACCAAGGGCCUUGAUCUACCUGAAAUCAUAGUGGAAUCAGAGAAACGCGGGAUGACAUUUGACAAAUUGCUAACAAUUCCUGAGAAAGAUAAAUGGGUCUAUACUGAUGGCCAGUCAGCAUCUUGUGUGGCCUACGUCCUCAUGAUGUACAAGGAGGCUGGACUCUUUGAACCAAUUUCCAGCUCUAUAGAAGUCACAGAGUUCACGAUAAAAGAUGCUUACAUCCUGAACUUCUUCGAAGCCAAUAUGACACGGCUUCCGGCGUGGUGCAACAAAGACGACACUGUGAAGCUCCCCUUUUGCCAAAUCAAGGGCAGAUAUCGAAUGGAACUGCCUGGGUACAACGCCAUGGAACCAUACGCUCACAUGAAUGAAAGGUGUGCAUCGCUUCCUCCGGACUACGUGAGGGAUGAAAACUGCUGAGUGCUCCUAUUUAACCAUGCGCCCAUGCUAUUUAAUUGUACUUCCUUUUAGUCAGUACUUCAGCUGUACAUACCACGGUAGGUCUGCAAUAUUUUCCAUGAUGCACACCGGCUUGCCGCGAGGUACGAUCAACUUCCUCGAAUAAGGAAGGCCAUGGUGGCACAAAUUGUAUAGUAAAGCUCCACGUCUGGCUUGCCGCCGCUUUAGUGUUCUGAAAACAUUCAUAGUGUUUUUGUCAGAAAAUAGAUACACGUUUGACAAAAAUGUAUGUGCAUUGUUGUAUUCAACUGAUUAGAAAUGGUUGAAACCUAUGUACACUAUGUAGAAGUGCUAUUUGGUUUGGCCCGUGUUGUGCCGUUCCCAUGCUAUGAGCGGUGUAAAAGUUGCAAAGAUGAAAUUGUUGGUUGGUGUUUUGGCCUAA